CCGAGUGCGGGCCGGGCGCGAGUGCGGCGUGAGCGGGCGGGCCAAGCGCAGCGCGGGGAGGCGGCGGCGGCUGGGCGAGGGCGCGGGAGCCCGAGGAGACAAGCGCGCCGGCGGCGGCCAUGGGCUAGUGGGCCCGGCCUAGCGGAGGUAACACCCACCCUGCGCGCGCCGGGAGCCCCGCACACAAUAGCGGCGCGCGCAGCCCCGCGCCCUUCCCCCGCGCUCGCGCGCCCGCCCCUCGCCCCGCCCCGCGCGCGGGGAGCCUGGCCGCAGCCCUCACCUGCCGCCCGGGAGGGGGCGGGCAUUGUUCGCCAGCUGCCGCCACCGCUGCCCCACUGGGGGCAUGGGGGCCGCCCGGCGCCCCGGGCCGGGCCUGGCGAGGCCGUCGCGCCGCCGCUGAGCCGGGCCCCGCGGCAGCCGGGCGGCGCAGGUGAGGCCGGCCGCGCCAUGGUGGACCCGGUGGGCUUCGCCGAGGCGUGGAAGGCGCAGUUCCCGGACUCGGAGCCGCCGCGCAUGGAGCUGCGCUCGGUGGGCGACAUUGAGCAGGAGCUGGAGCGCUGCAAGGCCUCCAUCCGGCGCCUGGAGCAAGAGGUGAACCAGGAGCGCUUCCGCAUGAUCUACCUGCAGACGCUGCUGGCCAAGGAGAAGAAGAGCUACGACCGACAGCGCUGGGGCUUCCGGCGCGCGGCGCAGCCCCCCGACGGCGCCGCCGAGCCCCGCGCGCCGCGCCCCCAGCCCGCGCCAGCCGACUGCGCCGACCCGCCGACCGCCGACGAGCCCGAGGCCCGGCUCGACGGGAAGGGCUCCCCGGGCAAGGCCAGGCCCGCGGCCACGCGCAGGCCCGGGGCCUCCGCUCCCGCGGACCGCGACGACCGCGGGCCCCCCACCAGCGUGGCGGCCCUGCGUUCCAAUUUCGAGAGGAUCCGCAAGGGCCCCGUCCAGCCGGCGGCGGCGGACGCCGAGAAACCCUUCUACGUGAACGUCGAGUUCCACCACGAGCGCGGCCUGGUGAAGGUCAACGACAAAGACGUGUCGGACCGCAUAAGCUCCCUGGGCAGCCAGGCCAUGCAGAUGGAGCGCAAGAAGUCCCAGCAGGGCGCUGGGCCCGGCCCUGGGGACCCGCCCAGGCCCUCCUACCGCGGGCGCCUCUCCGAGAGCAGCUGCGGCCUCGACGGCGACUUUGAGGACGUGGAGCUGAACCCGCGCUUCCUGAAGGACAACCUGAUCAACGCCAAUGGCGGCAGCAGGCCCCCCUGGCCGCCCCUGGAGUACCAGCCCUACCAGAGCAUCUAUGUCGGGGGCAUGAUGGUAGAAGGGGAGGGCAAGGGCUCGCUCCAGCGCAGCCAGAGCACCUCGGAGCAGGAGAAGCGCCUUACCUGGCCCCGGAGGUCCUACUCCCCUCGGAGCUUUGAGGACAGCGGAGGCGGCUACACCCCGGACUGCAGCUCCAACGAGAACCUCACGUCCAGCGAGGAGGACUUCUCCUCGGGCCAGUCCAGCCGCGUGUCCCCGAGCCCCACCACCUACCGCAUGUUCCGGGACAAGAGCCGCUCACCCUCGCAGAACUCCCAGCAAUCCUUCGACAGCAGCAGCCCCCCCACGCCCCAGUGCCAGAAGCGGCACCGGCAGGGACCGGUGGUCGUGUCCGAGGCCACCAUCGUGGGCGUCCGCAAGACGGGGCAGAUCUGGCCCAGCGAUGGGGACAGCUUGUCCAGCAGGCUGCUUCAAGACGGCACCUUCCAUGGAGACGCAGAUGCACCAUUCGGGACGCCGCCGGGGUACAGCUGUGCCAUGGACCGGGCCGAGGAGCAGCGCCGGCACCAGGACGGGCUGCCCUACGUGGAUGACUCACCCUCCUCCUCGCCCCACCUCGGCAGCAAGGGCAGGGGCGGCCAGGACGCACCGGAGCCCACCAAAGUGAGUGAGCUGGACUUGGAAAAGGGCUCGGAGAUGAGGAAAUGGGUCCUGUCUGGAAUCCUGGCUAGCGAGGAGACUUACCUGAGCCACCUGGAGGCGCUGCUGCUGCCCAUGAAACCUUUGAAGGCUGCUGCCACCACCUCUCAGCCGGUGCUGACGAGCCAGCAGAUCGAGACCAUCUUCUUCAAAGUGCCUGAGCUCUAUGAGAUCCACAAGGAGUUCUACGACGGGCUCCUCCCCCGCCUGCAGCAGUGGAGCCACCAGCAGCGCGUGGGCGACCUAUUCCAGAAGCUGGCCAGCCAGCUGGGUGUGUACCGGGCCUUUGUGGACAACUACGGAGUUGCCAUGGAAACGGCUGAGAAGUGCUGUCAGGCCAACGCUCAGUUUGCAGAAAUCUCUGAGAACCUGAGAGCCAGAAGCAACAAGGAUGCCAAGGACCAAACGACCAAGAACUCUCUGGAAACCCUGCUCUACAAGCCUGUGGACCGGGUCACGAGGAGCACACUGGUCCUGCAUGACUUGCUGAAACACACCCCCUCUGGCCACCCCGACCACCUGCUGCUGCAAGACGCCCUCCGCAUCUCGCAGAACUUCCUGUCCAGCAUUAACGAGGAGAUCACGCCCCGCCGGCAGUCCAUGACCGUGAAGAAGGGAGAGCACCGGCAGCUGCUGAAGGACAGCUUCAUGGUGGAGCUGGUGGAGGGGGCCCGUAAGCUGCGGCACGUCUUCCUCUUCACUGACCUGCUCCUGUGCACCAAGCUCAAGAAGCAGAGCGGAGGCAAAACGCAGCAAUACGACUGCAAAUGGUACAUCCCGCUCACGGAUCUCAGCUUCCAGACAGUAGACGACUCGGAGGCCGCACCCAACAUCCCCCUGGUGCUGGAUGAGGAGCUGGAUGCCAUGAAGAUCAAGAUCUCCCAGAUCAAGAGUGACAUCCAGAGAGAGAAGAGAGCGAACAAGGGCAGCAAGGCCAUCGAGAGGCUGAGGAAGAAGCUCUCAGAGCAGGAGUCGCUGCUCUUGCUCAUGUCCCCCAGCAUGGCCUUCCGCGUGCACAGCCGCAACGGCAAGAGUUACACGUUCCUGAUCUCAUCCGACUAUGAGCGGGCCGAGUGGAGGGAGAACAUCCGGGAGCAGCAGAAGAAAUGUUUCAAGAGUUUCUCCCUGACGUCCGUGGAGCUGCAGAUGCUGACCAACUCGUGCGUCAAGCUUCAGACCGUCCACAGCAUCCCACUGACCAUCAACAAAGAAGAUGAUGAAUCUCCCGGGCUCUACGGGUUCCUGAAUGUCAUCGUCCACUCCGCCACUGGCUUUAAGCAGAGUUCUAGUCUGUACUGCACCCUGGAGGUGGAUUCCUUUGGCUACUUUGUAAAUAAAGCCAAGACACGCGUCUACAGGGACACGGCUGAGCCCAACUGGAAUGAGGAGUUUGAGAUCGAGCUGGAAGGCUCACAGACCUUGAGGAUACUGUGCUACGAGAAGUGUUACAACAAAAGCAAGAUCACCAAGGAGGACGGCGAGAGUGCAGACAGGAUCAUGGGGAAGGGCCAGGUACAGCUGGACCCCCAGGCCCUGCAGGACAGAGAGUGGCAGCGGACCAUCAUCGCCAUGAAUGGGAUUGAAGUGAAGUUGUCAGUCAAGUUCACCAGCAGAGAGUUCAGCUUGAAGAGGAUGCCUUCCCGAAAACAGACGGGCGUCUUCGGAGUCAAGAUCGCCGUGGUCACCAAGAGAGAGCGUUCCAAGGUGCCCUACAUCGUGCGCCAGUGCGUGGAGGAGAUCGAACGCCGGGGCAUGGAGGAAGUGGGCAUCUACCGCGUGUCCGGAGUGGCCACUGACAUCCAGGCACUGAAGGCGGCUUUUGACGUCAACGACAAGGACGUGUCAGUGAUGAUGAGCGAGAUGGACGUGAAUGCCAUUGCCGGGACGCUGAAGCUCUACUUCCGAGAGCUGCCUGAGCCCCUCUUUACCGACGAGUUCUACCCCAACUUCGCCGAGGGCAUCGCUCUCUCAGACCCCGUGGCAAAGGAGAGCUGCAUGCUUAACCUGCUGCUGUCACUCCCGGAGGCCAACCUGCUGACAUUCCUCUUCCUUCUGGACCACCUGAAAAGGGUGGCAGAAAAGGAGACAGUGAACAAGAUGUCCCUGCACAACCUCGCCACGGUGUUCGGCCCCACGCUGCUCCGGCCCUCAGACAAGGAGAGCAAGCUCCCUGCCAACCCCAGCCAACCCAUCUCCAUGACCGACAGCUGGUCCCUGGAGGUCAUGUCCCAGGUCCAGGUGCUGCUGUACUUCCUGCAGCUGGAGGCCAUUCCUGCCCCAGACAGCAAGAGACAGAGCAUCCUCUUCUCCACCGAAGUCUAAAGGCCCAACUCCACCUCCAAGAUGCCGGCAGAACGGCCUGGGAACCUCCUAGGGAAACGGGCAAUCCACAGAGCGGGAACCGAACCUUCUAGAGGAGUCGUUAGGCCACCCCCCAGGGCCAGGCUGCUGCCAAGAGACAACUACCCAAGGCAAAAGGCCAAGGGGCCUGGACAGUUCCAGGCCCCCCUCCAGUGGGGCCUGAGAACCCUGGGCUGGCCUCAGACUGUGGUUUUCUACGCCACCACCAGAGGGCGCCCCAAGCCAGCCCUCGUGUCUCCGGUCACGGGCCUGGGCGGGACCAGGCAAAGGGAGUGGUUUUUACGAAUUUAACUUAUGAGAGUUCAAAGAUUUCUACUGGAUCACCUGUCGAGAUGCACCCUCUCCAGGGAGAAGGGAACAGGAGCAGAUUCCCUCGGUAUCGUGUCUUGAAUAAAUACUGCUGCUGCUUCGUGCCCAGGGGCCAGGCCCUGUCCAGCGUGGGUGGGGGCGUUUCGAUUUCCCAGACUUAGAAAUUCGACUCCUGUUUGUAACAGGGUUUGAAAAGCUAAAUCUACACUGUGUAGUGCUUGACCCCUUUCACCUCCUUUCUUCUUUCUUUCUAGAAGAAUUUGUGCAGAAAUGGAUCUUCUUCCUGUUCUAUCCUGUUGCUUUGUUUUUGCUGAUCACGUGCCCCUCGGAAGGCAGCUCCCUGCGGAGCUGCGUAACGUCCAGGACCGGGCACCAGGGGAGGGAGGCCCAGGCUGCGCACUUUAUGGCUGGUUGUCUAGGGAGAGUGAUCCUGUUCACCAUCCCGACUGCCCCGCCGGGCACGCACUCUCCUCAUCAGCUCAGAAAGGCCUUGAUCUCUGGCCUCCUCCAGCCUGUGGCCCAUCUGCCCCCAAAUCUCCCUUCCCCUAAUCGUGUCCCGCCGCCCCACCCCCCCCGCCCCACCCCGAUCGCUUCAUUCCUCGCUCUUUGCUACACACACUCAGCAAACUUUUGUAAAGCUUUCCUCUGGGCGGCGGCAGCUUACCAACAGCUUGUUUUAAACUUUGAUCUGAAUAGCCUUUUGAUACUUGAAUAUUUUUAAGUUUUAUACAUAGUUUCUAAUUUUUUUCCUAACAGAUUCAGAUUCCUAAUAAGAUGUUAGAAUGUACUCUGUGGACAAUCUGUGUCCCAGCGGCAUCUCGUCUUCCUCUGAGCGCCAGCUCUGUUUCCAUCAGGAGCCACUUCUGAAGUCUUCUGAGCAUCUGGAAUUGGGGGGCGGGGAUUAGGAACAGGCUGGGCCGAGGGUAGGGGCUCCCAUCCCGAAGCAGGUGGAGAGACAGAGCCCCCCAUGCUCCACACACCUGUGCGGAAGCCAGGAUGUGCCUGGUAACCCUCCUGACCAUCUGACUUGGAGGAAAGAGAACUGGGGAAACCACUAAGUAUUUUGAAGAAAAAAGUCUGUGAAGAAUUGCAUCACUUUUUUUAAAAAAGGGAUGGGGGCGAGGAGAGAAGAAACUUCCAUGCUGGACUUGCAGGAAGAGAGGAUGUAGCUGAACCGGAGGAGGGAAGUGGUGGCAUGACUCAGGAAAAGGCGUUUGCUUGUCACGCGAUUAGACCAGUAACAGGUGGCACUGUCCAGGACCCUUCCCGUGUCCCUGGCGGGGUGGGAAGGCUCAGCUGGUGUGUCAGCGGGCAGCUCCUGCCCAAGGUCGUGGCACACGGGGCCACGUGCCCCCCCCCCACUCUACCCUCUGCUCGCGGACCUGCCGAGGCAGGGACGGAAAAAGAAGUCACUCGAAGGUCUUAAGUCUGCAUAUUGUAUUUAUUUAGUUGUACUUUUUUCUCGUGAGGAGAGCAGACCCACCGUUUUAAAGCAGUGCUGCUCUCCUGGGGGAUGAGGGCGGGGAGCAGGGUCCUCUGUGCUUUGCAUGUCUCUGGGAUCCAUGGGUUUCCCAGGCCUCCAGUCCCUGGCCUCUUCUGGCCUGGCUUCCCAUCCCCGUCUGGCUCUGCAGGGGAAACACACUUUACUUAGAAAAGCUAGACCUGGCCCCGGUUUCUUUUUCCCUGGAGUCUCAUGAUUUGCGUCUGUCGCAUUGAAACUGGAAAGCAAUCUCUCAGUGUCUGUGCCAAUUUUCGUUCCCUCCCCCCAUCUCCUUCCUCUGUUUGCUUUUUAUUUAUGUAGGAUGCGUGGUGUUUAGUGAUGGAAUGACCACUCUUUCUUGUUCA